AUGUCUUCACCAACGCCGGGAGCUGCGCCGGCUCCUACUUCACCACCAACAAAUCCUACGUCGCCGCCGCCUGCGCCUUCAGCAUCAACGCCACCUCCAGCAUCAACGCCGCCUCCUACUCCAACAACUUCUCCACCACCUGCAAGCCCAACUCCCCCAGCCACCUCUCCGCCACCAGCUUCAUCCCCACCACCACCUCCGCCUUCCAAUACACCUGCUCCAGUUUCUCCACCAACUCCUCCCGCCUCAACCCCACCUCCUACUAACUCCCCCACCGUCCCAACACCACCUUCUCCAUCUAGGUCUCCUCCCUCCCCCCCUUCGCCACCCACUGGUGGGAAUUCUCCGCCGGCUCCACCCGCUAGGAAUUCUCCUCCUGCACCGAGCAGUAUUCUGUUUAUAUGUUGUAAGAAGAAGAAAAGAAGACCCCAUGGCCCCCCAGAUUACUAUGUUCCUCCACCACCAACUGGGCACAAAGUUGAUCCCUAUGGCGGACAAGGUCAGAAUUGGCAGAGUAAUGCGCCGCAACCUGCGGAUCAUGUUGUGACAAUACCACCUAAACCUUCUCCACCACCUGCCGGCUUGUCAAGACCUCCUCACUCGCCCAUACGUGCUCCUUCACCUCAACCUCCCCCACCUCCAGCUCCUUACAUGAGCAGCAGCGGAGGUUCGGGUUCGAAUUAUUCUGGCCCUGAAACUCCACUUCCACCGCCUUCUCCCGGCAUGGCUUUAGGGUUUUCUAAGAGCACAUUUACUUAUGAAGAAUUAGCUAUGGCAACAGAUGGCUUCUCCGAUGCCAACCUUCUUGGGCAAGGUGGUUUUGGUUAUGUGCACCGAGGAGUCCUUCCGAAUGGUAAAGAGGUUGCAGUUAAGCAGCUUAAAUCAGGGAGUGGACAGGGGGAGCGUGAAUUCCGAGCUGAAGUCGAGAUCAUCAGCCGAGUGCAUCACAAACAUCUUGUUUCUUUGGUUGGAUAUUGCAUAACUGGGACCCACAGAUUGCUCGUAUAUGAGUUUGUUCAAAAUAAUACCUUGGAAUUCCACUUGCAUGGAAAGGGGAGACCUACAAUGAAUUGGCCCACACGGUUAAAGAUUGCUCUCGGGGCUGCGAAGGGUCUGGCAUAUCUUCAUGAAGAUUGUCAUCCAAAAAUUAUUCAUCGGGAUAUCAAAGCAUCUAAUAUUCUUUUGGAUUUUAACUUUGAAGCAAAGGUAGCAGAUUUUGGUCUUGCAAAGUUUUCUUCAGAUGCAGAUACUCAUGUCUCCACAAGAGUGAUGGGAACAUUCGGGUAUUUGGCUCCGGAAUACGCAUCCUCUGGAAAACUUACUGAGAAGUCCGAUGUAUUCUCCUUUGGAGUCAUGCUUCUCGAGUUGAUUACUGGUCGACGACCUAUUGAUUCGAAUCAAUCUUACAUGGAUGAUAGUUUGGUAGAUUGGGCACGGCCCUUGCUCACACGAGCUUUGGAAGAUGGAAACUUUGAUACCCUUGUUGAUUCACGACUACAAAAUGACUACAAUCAUAAUGAACUUGCUAGCAUGGUGGCAUGCGCAGCUGCUUGCGUUCGUCAUUCAGCAAGGCGUAGGCCACGAAUGAGCCAGGUGGUGAGAGCUUUAGAAGGUGAUGUAUCCCUGUCUGAUCUUAACGAAGGAAUUAGACCCGGACAUAGUACCAUGUAUAGUUCUCAUGGAAGUUCCGACUAUGACACAGCACAAUACAAAGAGGACAUGAAAAAAUUCCGCAAAAUGGCCUUGACCAGUAAGGAUUACGCCAGCAGUGAUCAGUACAGUAAUCCAACCAGUGAGUACGGGUUAAAUCCAUCGGGCUCGAGUAGCGAAGGUCAACAUACUCGAGAUAUGGAGAUUGGACUGGCUAAAAAGGACAGCCGAGGUUUCAGUGGCAGCUCUUGA